GGUGUUCCUGGUGGCCGCCAUCUUUGAUGCGCGGAGUGAUUGUUUGGCGAAUAGAAGUAAUAGGAAAUAAAAAAUAAAGACAGAAAAGAAAAAGUUGGGGAAAAAAAAGCUAACAGGAUACAAGCUGAAAGAAAGAGAGAAGGAAAGGAAGGGAAAGGAAAAGCAGCAAAAGAAGGCAUGAAGAAAACAUCUUAGUCAAGUCAUGGCUGAUAAAAGAAAACUCCAAGGUGAAAUUGAUCGAUGUCUAAAAAAAGUCGCAGAAGGAGUAGAACAGUUUGAAGACAUUUGGCAAAAGCUUCACAAUGCAGCCAAUGCCAACCAAAAAGAGAAGUAUGAGGCUGACCUCAAGAAAGAGAUAAAAAAACUACAGCGCCUCCGAGACCAGAUUAAGACGUGGGUGGCCUCAAACGAGAUCAAAGACAAAAGACUGCUUGUGGACAACCGCAAACUCAUAGAGACACAAAUGGAGCGCUUUAAAAUUGUGGAGAGGGAGACAAAAACGAAAGCGUACUCCAAAGAGGGACUCGGCCUUGCUCAGAAAGUAGACCCUGCGCAAAAAGAGAAAGAGGAGGUUGGACAGUGGCUCACGACAACGAUAGACACAUUAAACAUGCAGGUGGACCAGUUUGAAAGUGAGGUGGAAUCACUCUCAGUCCAGACACGGAAAAAGAAAGGAGACAAAGAGAAGCAGGAUCGGAUAGAUGAGCUGAAGAAGUUGAUUGAGAGGCACCGCUACCACAUUCGCAUGCUGGAGACCAUUUUGCGAAUGCUAGAUAAUGACUCCGUACAGGUGGAGGCUGUCCGCAAGAUCAAGGAUGACGUGGAGUACUACAUCGAUUCUUCUCAGGAUCCUGACUUUGAGGAGAAUGAAUUCCUCUAUGAUGAUCUGGACCUGGAGGAUAUAUCCCAGCCAUUGGUUGCCACGUCGCCUCCAGCUCACAUGGAGGACGAAAUCUUCCAGCACUCCAGUUCCACGCCAACAUCCACCACGUCGUCUUCCCCAAUCCCUCCAUCCCCGGCUACUUGCACUACGAAUUCCGAGGAUGAUAAGAAGCGAGGUCGUUCCACAGAUAGUGAAUUCAGUCAGUCUCCAGUAAAGAAUGGCAAUCCAUCAUCUCUUUCCUCAUCGUCAUCAUCAUCCUCUUCGUCUUCGGGAUGCUCCUCUACCUCAGUGGUGUCUGUAGCGACCAUGGUGAGUAGCAGCAGCAGCAACUCGGGAGGUGGGGGCAGUAGCCUCUUGAGCAACAUGGGAGGUCAUGUACAAAACUCAUGUAGCUACAGCUCUGCCAUCCAGCAGCAAGUGCAGCAUGGCCAACUGCAACAUCAAUCCAAAAAUGCCAUCAACUCCCAAUCCAGCACCUUGGUCUCUGCAGCUCCUUCCAGUCUUCUCUUACCCAACCCCACGUCAACCUCUUCACCUUCCAGUAUCAGUACACCCACCAACCAAGCGCAGCCUCUGCUCACUCAAAGUCCAGCUUCCAGUUUGAGCCAUCCUAUGAGUCUGGGCCUAACUAAGAGUGGUGUGCCGACGACCAGUGGCGUUGGCCAGAUUCCCGGCCUUGGUCUUUCAGGGAUGCCGGCAUCUCGGACCAGUAUGCCAGGACCCUUGCAAGCCUCCACCCCAGCACCGUACGCCCAAGCUGCUGCAUCUGGCACUGCCAAUGCCACAAUUAAUGCCAAUGUUACAAACUCCAGUGGAAUUCCAGCAGCUGGCACAAAUGGAAACACUGCCUCAACAGGUCUCUUGGGGUCAGCACCAGGCACUACAGGCAUCAGCAGUGCGGUCUUAAGUCUGGGGACCACACAGACUGCAGGGCAGCCCUCGUCCUUGAUGACGUCCAGCCCUGUUGGAGGGGGACUGGUGCAGACGAGCAGUAUUGGCAUCAUUGGGAGUAACGGUGGAAAUUCUGCAUCAGGAAGGGAAACAGCUGUGGGGACCUCUGGACUUCCACGGCCACCUAGUGGGCAGAAACAGAACGGUGGCACAACCUAUAGUGCCGUAGUAGCAGAUAGCACAUCUGAAUCUGCCCUCAACAGUGCCAGCCAGUUACAAAACAACCAAGCCUCAACCUUAAAUUCAACAACCAAUCUGCCUAAGGACAGUGGGUCCAGCCUUCUGGGGUCUAUGACUCUUCCUACCAGUUCACCAACGCCUUCGUAUAGUGAGAGUAAACCAAGCGGGGGCAGCCUGUUGAAUGGACCUCACUCCUACACACAAGCGGCUGAUGCCAUAAAGGAGCGAUGCGAUGAGACUCCAACCAGACACGGGGCACCAGGAUGGAUCAGGCAGGUCCGAGGAGCAGAGGAGCCCCAGGAGCCACUCAGUUCCCUGAAAUCGAUGGCAGAGAGAGCAGCUCAGGGCUCGGGUUUAGAGGGAGAGCUCUCUGCGCUACAUCUCACUCGAGUAAACAAAGUUGGAGAUUGGAAUACACGCGUGUGCAAUGGUUCAGAUAUCUUCCCUAGUUCCACAACCCCAUCAGGUCCCCCUACAGCCCCCCAGUCUUCUCUUUCAGAGGUGAACAUUCCUCCAUCUCUGGGCGUCUGUCCUCUGGGUUCUGUCCCCAUCUCCAAAGAGCAGCACUACCAGCACGUUAUGCAAGAGGCCGCAUGGACGCACAUGCCCCACCCUUCAGACUCGGAGAGGAUCAGGCAGUACCUGAUGAGGAAUCCCUGUCCCACAUUGCCUUUCCAUCACCAGGUGCCACCACCACACUCUGACUGUGUGGAGUUCUACCAGAGGCUGUCCACAGAGACGCUCUUCUUCAUUUUCUACUACCUUGAGGGCACAAAAGCUCAGUAUUUGGCAGCCAAAGCCUUGAAAAAGCAAUCCUGGAGGUUCCACACAAAGUACAUGAUGUGGUUCCAGAGGCAUGAGGAACCUAAGACCAUCACUGAUGAGUUUGAGCAGGGGACAUACAUUUACUUUGACUACGAGAAGUGGGGCCAGAGGAAAAAAGAAGGAUUCACGUUUGAAUACAGGUAUCUUGAGGACCGGGACCUCCAAUGACCGACGACAAGACCUGCAGACUACUGUUGACAUUCCUGGACUGAAUCCGCACUCUUGUGUGGAUGUGUGGUGUGGCGACUCUGAUGCGAGGCUGUUUUAUGUCUCGUUGGUGCAUAUUGCCUUCGGAGUUUAUCCCAGUACCUAUAAAAUCCACUUGCCCACUACUUUUUCCACUUAACACCUAGUUUUAAUCAAUUUACUUAAAAAUCUUGACGGAGCAUUCUUGAGCCAAAGAGACACAAGCCGACAAACGUUCGUCCAGCACAGGAGACAACAAACACAAAUCAGAUUGUGUUGCUGGUACGAGUCGUAGUGCACAAGCAAAUGUUAAAUAUCUGUUCUAGCACAAUGAAUACUGAGCUUUGGGAGGCCAAAUUCAAUUGCUUAUUCUUGAAGUUGUCAUCAUUUUAAAGCUGGAUGAAAUGAACUGGCCUGCAUUUCAUAUGUCUGACCACAAUCAUAAUCAAUUAUUCCAUUCGCUUCCUCCUCCUAUCUUAAGAUUGUUUUUUGUUUUUUUUUUAAUUAAAAAUUAUGGUUGUCCACAUCCUCAUCCAUCAGUCAAGAGUUAUCUGCAGCCCACUUCAUCAGUCAAUAUCCAGCCCCUAAUUCUAACUGAAGAUCAUGACACUGCCCAGAGUGUGAGAGAGAAUUGGAAUGAAAAGCACCAGCACUAAAAAAAAAAAACAUCCUCUAACAUCAGUUUGUGUGUCUGCUCUUUCAGAAUUGGACGUGCUCCCAUUACUGAGGCUCAGGGGGGGAAAAAAAAAAGUCAUAAUAAUUAGUCUGCAUGACCACAAUAUUGUGUAUGGAUCAUACAAAACUUUGAUUUAUGAUUACUGACAAAAAAAGAAAAAAUAUUUGGUGGAUCAUUAAAAGCCCUUGGUAACUAUAAGAUUAAUUGGUACUCUGACCUGCUUUUGGACAUUCUCAAAGGAGAGAAAGAAAAAAAAAAAGACAUGUUUUUCUGAAGCAUCACUAAAGUCGCAUUAGGGACAGAAUGGCCCUGACUACUUUCACCUUAUUUGCCAGCAAUCUGCUUCCUUUCACAAAGCCUUCUUAAUUAUAAUAUUCUCCAAUGUUUGGAGUGCCACCUCAGUGAUUUAUCCCCCACCCUGGGAACUUGCCAUCUUAGAUACAACUAUCUGAAGAAAGUAGAUAAUCAGCCAUUUUUAUUUUCAUGAAACAUGAGUAUGAUACCUAUGUGACAAGUGGCCAUGUGCCCCUUCCAGGUUUUGUUACGUUUACCUUUUCUGAGCGUACUGUAUGGAAGAGAAUUAAAAUGUGAAAUAUAUAUAAUUUUUUUUUCCUAACUGGAAAAAGGUGAUGUACAGAGCAUUCUUUCAUGUCAUGUCUUUUCUCCUCCCCCCCCCCCUCCAUUUUCAAAGGAACAGCAUAAAAAAAGACGGUUGCAAAGUGGAGAGGAGUUCAAGAUCAUUACACAAGACAAUAAAAUGAAGUAAAAGAUUGUAAAAUAUUAAUAAAGAAAUUACUUUUCAA